AUGGCGGUGCAAGAAACUGCAGCUCAACUCUCCAUGGCGCUGAAAGUCCAGGAAUAUCCCACCCUGAAGGUUCCCUAUGAGACUUUGAACAAACGAUUUAGAGCCGCUCAGAAAAACAUAGAUCGUGAGACAAGUCACGUCACAAUGGUGGUUGCAGAGCUGGAAAAGACCCUGAGCAGUUUUCCAGUGGUUGAUUCUGUGGUAUCACUCCUCGAUGGUGUUGUUGAGAAACUUAGUGCUCUAAAGAGGAAGGCGGCAGAGUCCAUUCAGGCUGAAGAUGAGAGUGCCAAACUUUGUAAACGUCGUAUUGAACAUUUGAAGGAGCACAGUAGUGACCAGCCAGCAUCAGUCAAUCUAUGGAAGAAAAAGCGAAUGGACCGUAUGAUGGUGGAACAUCUUCUACGCUGUGGCUACUACAACACAGCUGUCAAGUUGGCCAGACAGAGUGAUAUAGAGGAUCUAGUGAACAUUGAAAUGUUUCUCACAGCAAAAGAGGUGGAGGAAUCCUUGGAAAGGCAAGAGACUGCCACUUGCCUUGCAUGGUGUCAUGAUAAUAAGUCCCGUCUUCGUAAAAUGAAGAGUUGUCUUGAAUUCAGCCUCAGAAUCCAGGAGUUUAUUGAACUUAUCAGACAAAAUAAGCGAAUGGACGCUGUCAGACAUGCCCGCAAACACUUCAGCCAAGCAGAAGGAGGGCAGCUGGAUGAGGUUCGGCAAGUAAUGGGCAUGCUUGCAUUCCCAUCGGAUACACACAUUUCUCCUUAUAAGGAUCUUUUGGAUCCUGCUCGAUGGAAGAUGUUGAUCCAGCAGUUCCGAUACGACAACUACAGACUUCACCAGCUGGGAAACAACUCUGUUUUCACCAUCACUCUUCAAGCUGGUCUCUCUGCCAUUAAGACUCCGCAGUGCUACAAGGAGGAUGGAACCUCAAAGAACCCUGACUGCCCCGUAUGCAGUAAAUCUUUAAACAAAUUGGCCCAGCCUCUACCAAUGGCUCACUGUGCCAAUUCCAGACUGGUGUGUAAGAUCUCAGGAGAAGUAAUGAAUGAAAACAACCCCCCCAUGAUGCUGCCUAAUGGAUAUGUCUAUGGUUACAACUCUCUUCUAUCAAUUCGCCAAGAUGACAAAGUGGUGUGCCCCAGAACCAAAGAAGUCUUCAAUUUCUCUCAGGCUGAGAAAGUAUACAUUAUGUGA